AUGGACAACACCUGCUUUCGUUGCUCAGUAUCACAAGAAAAAUUACUUGACGAUGACUAUCUUUUCUUCGAUGAACACUUUUUGAACGAUUACACUUAUGACAAAGAGGGCAAAAAAGAAAAUAAUCCGAAAAAACAUUUUCUGCAUAAUAGUAAAGAACGAUUUUUAAAAUACUUAAACUAUGAAAAAGAAAUUAUUAAUUGCGAUUUACAGGAUGUGUAUAAAAAAGUUUAUAUGAAUUUACAUUUAUGCAAAAAAUGUAAAGGAUUACACAACAUUGAUUUAAUAUUAUUUUAUAAUAAAAAUAGCAGUUUUCAUCAUAAUAUGAUAAAAGAAAAAUUACUGUUCAGCCCAGAGGAGGAACAGAAAAUUAACGAUAAUUUUAAUAAUAUGAAAAAAAUAUUUCAUAUUCUUUUGUAUAAUAUUGAUAUAGUUUUUUUUUUUUUCUAUCUGCAUGAAGCAAAAAAAAUAAGCGAAAAUGAAAAUAUUUCUUUACACACAUUUCAAAAAAUUUUUGAACAAAUAAAAGAAUAUGUUAUUGUUAAAGUAAAAAUAGAGAAUGAUUUUAUCAAACAAAAAAUUUAUAAAGUUUUCAUAUUUGUUUUAAUAUAUUUUUAUUUGACAUUUUAUAUUAAAAUAUUUAAAACUCUAAAUUUAAGCAAAGAAAAAAUUGAAUUUGCUGUGAAUUUGUACAAGCAAUCUGUACUAAUUUUUACUGCUAAUACAACUGAAGAGGAUAAAGAUAAAAAUAACGAGUUUAAUGAAUCGUUAUAUAAACAUGAAAGCCGAAAAAACUACCAUUAUAAAAGACAAAAAAUAAUAGAUAAUAUAGAAGAUAGUAAAAAGUUCAACUCUUAUAAUGCAAAUGAUACCUAUAAUUGUUCUGCGAAUGACGAAGGAGCUAAUAAGAUAGAGAAAAAAGCCGAUGAAGAAGGGCUAGCGAAAAAGGAGGAAGAUAAUGAGUUAGCUACUAAAAUCUCUCCUUUUGUUUUUGAUAUAUAUAUUUCACUUAAUAAUUUGUGUAUAUGCGGUUAUUACAAUAAAUAUAGUAAAGAAAUCUCUCAAACGAAAUGGUUAGAAAAUGAUUCAUUCGUAAGUAUUUUAUCAGUAGAAGAAUGUAUUUAUGAAAUUUUUAGAAAAAUAUUUUUAUCGACUAGUUGUACAUUUAUUGGUUCUGGAAGAGAAGAUAAAGAUGCUCGUAUGAUGAAUAUUGGUAGACCUUUUGUUUUUGUUUUAAGAGAGACAAAAUUUUCCUACUUAAAUUUCUUUUUAUUUUUUAGCAAGUUAAAAAAACUAGCAACAAAUUACAGUACUAGUAGUGAUACUUCUGAAAUUAAAACAAUAGACCAGUUAAAUAACUUUCUUCAACAUUAUAAGCCCACAAGUGAAAAUUCGAUAUGUGAAAACUCGUUUAGAGAAAAUUUGUUAUGUCAAAGUUCACUAAAUCAAUAUUCGGGUAAUGAGGAAAAGACCCAUGAUUCUUCACACGAAAUAAAGGAAUUUUACGCAUUAAUAACGAAAAAUAAUACUUUUUCCUUAUAUGAUAUAAUAUCUAAUAAAGUGAUAGUAGAACAAGCAAAGGAUAAAACCCUUGAAGAACAUAAAAUAGGUAUAUAUCAUAUAUCAUAUAAUUAUAAUAAAGAGCUGGAAGUAUUGCUAUCAGAUGAUUCAAAAUUGAAUAAAGAAACUUGUAAUAAUCAAAAAAUUCACAUUCUAGGUAAUGCAGAAAACGGUUAUACGGAUGAUGUGUAUUUACAUUUUAACUCAAAUAAAAUCGAUCAUAUAGAUAAUAAUAUAGUUGACACAGAAGAUAAAAAUGUUUUAAAAAAGGGGAUUACAAAAAAUAAAAAUUCCCUGUGUUACAAUAUUAAUGAUCUAGUUGAUGUUAAAUUAAGCAAUAUUGCCUUUAGCACAAAUUAUAAACUAAUAAAAAAGGUUAUGAAGUAUGGUGAAGAAAGAAAAAAAGCAUAUAAAUGCCUAAUAUAUCAUUCCACUUUAAUGAACAAAGAAAAAAUACAACAAAUUAAUAACGAUGUUUUAAAUUAUGAAAAAAAUAGUUCCUACGUAAUUAGCGUUAUGCAAAAAACACCAAUAAGGGUACUUCAUAGAAGAGGACUAAUACAAAGAGAAAGAAAAGUUUAUGAGUUUAAUCUUGUUUUUAUUCAUGAACAUUUUUCUUUAUUAUAUAUAUUAGCACAGUCUGGUAUGUAUGUAAAAGAAUUCGUUAAUGGUGAUAGAGGAAGAACUUUUCCAAACAUGAAAUAUUUUUUUGGUGAAGAUGCUUUCGUUAAUAUACUAAAUUUAGAUGUGUCAAGUUUCAUAUAUAAUGUAAACUAA